GUAAUGCGCGUGCAAGUUGGUUUGCCAACCGCCAUUGAAACUUAACGAAGAAGACGCCACGCAAUAACACGGAAGUGGCCUGUGUUGCAUGUGCUGCAGAAUCCUCACAUGUCAAGGCUAGAGCCAGUUGGAUGCAACGUUCAUACAUUGUAACAAGAUGCUGAGUGACACUGAAGCCGUGGAGCUGCUGUCAUUCCUGAAAGCCGACGUACGUCCUGACGUCAAAGGUCAAGCUGUGGAGUACAUCCUGGGCCUGUCAUCACACAGGGAUGGCUGCCAGUUCCUCCGCUCUAAUCCUAACUUCCUGGUUGCCCUGGUUGACCUGACCUCUGACCCCACUGCUGAUAUAGUGAAGAACUGUUACCAUGCCCUCAUUAACCUGUCAGCCGAUGAGACACUGCACCAGUUGUUGGUGACAAAAGCCAAUGUUCUGCCAGUUUUAUUUAAGAACCUUUUGGAUCCAGAGUAUCCCUUCUCAGAUCGGAUCUGUACAAUACUGACCAACCUGUCCCGCCAUGAGAAGACCUGCACCACUGUUUUCAAGGUCCUCCAGGAGGAUGUUGGUCUGGCCCAGCUGGUGGAGAUAUUCUGUACUGAAGGUUACAACAAAAAGGCUUCUCUCCACUACCUUGGACCUCUGCUGUCCAACCUAACACAGCUGCCGGAAGCCAGAAAUUACAUACUGGACAAGGACAGAUGUGUCAUCCAGAGGUUGUUACCCUACACCCAAUAUCAGGCAUCAACGGUGAGGAGGGGAGGAGUCAUCGGCACCCUACGGAACUGCUGCUUUGACUAUGUUCAUCAUGAGUGGUUGCUAAGUGAUGCUGUGGACAUCCUGCCUUUUCUGCUGCUGCCAUUGGCUGGUCCAGAGGAGCUAACAGAUGAAGAAAAUGAAGGUCUGCCGGUGGACUUGCAGUAUCUUCCAGAGGACAAGAAGAGAGAAGAAGACCCUGAUAUCAGAAAGAUGCUGUUGGAAACACUAUUACUAUUAACAGCAACCAAAGCAGGCCGUCAGACGCUCAAACAGAAGAAUGUCUAUCCAGUUAUGAGAGAGUUCCACCGCUGGGAGAAGGAGCCACAUGUUGUACUGGCCUGCGAAAAACUGGUUCAGGUGCUAAUUGGAGACGAGCCAGAGAAAGGGAUGGAGAACCUAAUGGAGGUAAAUAUCCCUGAAGACGUGCAAGAAAAACUAAUAGGGGCGGAUGCCAAGGAGCAGCAGGAGCUGGAGAAAGAACAAGAGGAGAGGAGGCAGAAGGAAGGGAAAAACCAAGUUCCAGAAGGGAUGGAGAGAUAGAAGAUAAAGUAAUGGACUGAUUAAAAAAAAAGAAGAAAGAGAAAAAGAAUAAAAACAGUCCUAAUGAGGACUGUUUCAUCAUUCUGAUGGACGAGUCCUGAUAUUUUCACAUGAUGUUCACAUGAGCUUUUGUUUUUGAGGAUCAAGAUAUAGAUAAAGUCAAAAUGUGCCCUAUAUUUAGUGUUGUGCAUUUCUGGGUCCACUGUAGAGGCUGGGAACAUGUACACAGUAAUCAAAAAUAAAUACUGUAAAACUGUGAAACAGCAUCAUCGUAAGAAGAUGCCUUGCAGAGUUUGCAGAAUUUUCCAGUAUAUUUUUAUGAUAUUUUGUAGUUUUUUGCUGAGCAAGGAUUUUGUGCAAAAGGAAAUAAAGAGAGGUCCUGAGUA